UGAUAUUCAAUUCUCGGGUUAUUUUACUACAAUUUUUGAAAAAUGACGUCAAUUUUGGAAAAUCUACAAAACGCAACGUGUGUAUGGUUUGAAAUAGACAAUAAACGGAAUGUAUUAGUGUCUAUGUUCGCUGGAACUUUGUUUUUUGUAGGAUGGUGGUUUAUAAUUGAUGCUAAUGCCAAGUAUCCUGGCGAAAUGUCAAAGGCGUAUCAUGUAUGUGGAGUAUUUGGGACUAUAUCUUUGUUCAUGAUAAAUUCUGUGACAAAUGCACAAAUGCGAGGCGAUACCUUCAGUGGUGGUUAUCUUGGUGCCAGAGGCGCGAGAGGCUGGUUAUUUGUUGGAUUUGUAAUGGGAUUUGCUGCUGUUAUUGCAGCCUGUUGGAUUUUAUUUGCAGAUUUUGUAGCUGCCGGUGCACAACAUAAUUGGCCUGGUGUAGGUCUUUUUUUACAAAAUAUGUUUAUUUUUCUGGGAUCUCUGAUCUAUAAAUUCGGGAGAACAGAAGAGCUAUAAGGUUGCUCAGUAUUUGUAUAUUAUAAACAUUUUUACAUAAUUGCGCAGAAGUUUCUAGCUCUAUUGAAUUUUAAGAUAAAGCACUUUACAAAGAACAAAUAAUUAUCCAUAUUGUAUUGCGAAUGAAUUGCAUUAAUUCAUUGUAAAGUUGUAUACUCUCUUUGUUUUUAUUUAUAUAAAUAGUUAUUUUCAUGUUUAUUAAUCAUUAAUUAUAUCAGUCACUAUUUCAAAUUCAAAUAAUUACAUAUGUGCAUAAUACAAGUUAUAUAAUUAUAUAAUAUAUUGUUUAAUAAAGCAACAACAUUUUUGUUGUAAUUUUUUUAUUAUAUAACAUAUAUACGAACAUUGCUUUUGUUAUAAACAUUGAUAUAAUUUAUAAUAAAUCUUACAUUGCUGUA